GCAGGCCAGAAGAGCUCGUGAUCAGUGUCGUUCUGAUAUGAGGGAUCUACAGCAGCAGCUGUCUGACAUCCAUGAUGAGUUAGACAGCGCUAAGAGCUGCAAGGCCGGAGAGAGAGACAGGCUGCAGCAGGAUCUGUCUCAGUUGCAUGGGGAGUUCGAGGCCCUGCAGCAGGUGCAGGAGGAGCAGGAGGAGGCGCUACACCGGAGGGACAGGGAGCUGAAAGCCCUGCGGGGGGCGCUAGAGGAGGAGAUCUCAGCUCACGCCAGAGAUGUGGAGGCGCUGCAGGAGGAGCACCAGCAGGAGAUCCACAGACUCCUGGAAGCCACACAGGAGGCCAAAGAGAGUGUGGCUCUGCUGGGUCAGAAGGUUCUGGAGGUGGCUGCAGAGAAAGGAGCCGGUCAGACGCUGAUCUCAGAGCUGAAGCAGACUAAAGCAGAGCUCCAGCAGAAGAUCUGCACUCUGGAGGAGCAGAUCUCCUCCCUCCACCAUCUCAUCCAGCAGAAGCAAGAGCAUGAGAAGCUCCUGACAGCACGUGUGGAGCAGCUGACGAUGGAGAAACAGAAUCUGGAGGAGGAGCUGCAGGAGGUCAGACAGCAGGAGGAGGACAUGUGUGGAGCCAACCGAGCCCUGAUGAGACACCUGGAGGACACACAGGUAACCUGUCUGUCCGUCCGUCC